AAUUUCUACGGUAAGGCAGGUAUUCAGUUCUACACGCAGCUGAAAACAGUGACACAGCUGUGGCAGCCGACUGAAAAGGCGGAGACAGAUGGAGGUUCGAAGCCGCAGAUGGCAUUCCCGCAGAUUAAGUGA